CCAGUGGAUCUCAGCCUGCAUGAGGCGGCGUGGAUGAGCGGAGCGCAGAGCUCCCUGCGCGCCAUGACGCACCGGGCCGGUCUGCUCCUCUCCGGACUGCUGCUCCUGCACACGGCCAAUGGCAGGUUUCCUGUCUGCCAUUUCCAUUGGGAGCUGCAGAGAGCCGAGCAGGAGUGCCAGAAGCAGCUGAAGCAGCAGCCGCUGUUCACGCCAAACUGUCCUGGUGAGUGGGAUAACAUCUCAUGCUGGCAGGCAACAGCAGUCGGGGAAGUGAUGACCCUCUCCUGCCCCUCCGCCCUCCUCCACCUGUUCGGGAAAAAUGGUAACAUCAGCCGGAACUGCACAGAAGACGGCUGGACGACCGUCUACCCCAGCAUCACCACAGCCUGCUGGUCCAACAACUCAGAGGAGCCCAACAAGCUGGUCUUCUACAGGGUGGUGAAGAUUCUCUACACUCUGGGUCACAGCCUCUCCCUCAUCGCUUUGCUCACCAGCAUCACUAUACUGUGUCUAUUCAGGAGGCUCCACUGUACGAGGAACUACAUCCAUCUCAACCUGUUUGUGUCCUUCAUCCUGAGGGCUGUGGCUGUGCUCGUCAAAGAUGCCAUUCUGUUCUCUCACAGUGAGCAUGCAGACUGCAGCAUCCAGCCCUCACUGGUCGGCUGUAAGACCAGCCUGGUGUUCUUCAACUACUUCAUCAUGGCGAACUUCUUCUGGCUGCUGGUGGAGGGUCUGUACCUGCACACCCUGCUGCUGGUCAUGCACGCCUACUCCACAUGCCUGACCAUCUACAUGCUCAUCGGAUGGGGCAUCCCUUCAAUAUUUGCUGCAGCAUGGAUACUGUGCAGGAUAUACCUGGAGGACAAAAUGUGCUGGGAGACGAAUGACGACCCCGUCCCCAAGAGGGUGAUCAACUGGCCCAUAAUGGCCUCCGUCAUCAUCAACUUCAUACUCUUCAUCAGCAUCAUUCGCAUCCUGGUCCAGAAACUGCGUUGUUCUAACGUCGGAGGAAACGACCAAUCACAGUACAGACGCCUGGCUAAGUCCACCCUGCUGCUCAUCCCUCUCUUCGGGGUGAACUACGUGGUGUCUGUCUAUAUGGAAACGGCUGAUAAGAGCAUGGAGGACUUCAAAAUCCUCUUUGACCUUGGCCUAGGUUCCUUUCAGGGACUAGUGGUGGCUAUCCUCUACUGUUUCCUCAAUUCAGAGGUCCAGAGUGAGUUGAGGAGGACAUGGAGGAGCGUAUCUCUAAAGCGCUGUGUAAGGCGGGACUACAGGCUGCACGCUAUGUCAGUCGGCAGGAACGGUGUGGAUAACUCCGCCCGGUUCCCCCGCAACUCCCGAGCCCAGUCCAUCCUGCAGACCGAGACCACUGUGCUCUGACCGCGGGACCCGGGCCUGUAGACAGGGCAGUCAAAAUGUGAUUUAUUCCUCAGCUGACUGAUGUUUGUGAAGGACCUGGAUCAUCGCCAUAGCACGAUUAUGUUUUCCUGGUUGCUAAGAACCGCUGUGUAGUCAGAACUUUUUUCCAAGAUGGCACGAGACCCACAUGUUGAUGGGAGAGAUUGCAACCCGGAUAAGGUCAGUCACAAAACGUAUUCCGUCCGGAUCAAGUGGAUUUCUUUUCAUGGGCUCCGCGUUGUAAAGCAUUCCCACUAUGUCCCUCGAUCUCGCCACAGACUGUAGCUGCACAUUUUUGUCUCGUCGCCGUCUGCGGGGAACGCCUGACGGGGUUUGACACCUCCCCCAGCUCUCCCAAAUACUGGUGGACAUAAGAGAGGUCUCCUACGGGGAAAGAUAACGUGCUCUCACUCGUACUCCUAAAGUAGGAGCUCUCUGAGAGUUUGUUGGGACCAGUUUCCUCCUCAUAGACACUGCAGGCCCAGGUGAAGACGAAAAGUUCAGGGACCCGGCUCAGGAAGUAAACAGGAAGUCAUGUCUGGCUUGGCACUAGCAAACCACUCCCGCCUGCUCAUUCGGUUGUGCUGAUUGACCGGGGGUCUUAGCGUUAAUUUUCAAAAGGCAUCUUAAAGCAACCGUGUUGUCCCUCAGUGUCGUGACGAAGGAUGCUUCCAACACGCUACAGUGAGUAAUUUUCCCACCGUUACAUCACAGGAGGGUCUUUUUGUUGUUGCAAGGCGUCGCUGUCAGACGUGUUCUCGCAAGACCGCGUAAGCCUCCUGGAGGAUUAUUAGACCGCCAAGUUGUUCUUUAAGUCAUUUACAUCAAUGAUUCUCAGUUUUGUGUACUUUUUUUGGGGGGGAUUUUUCUCCCCCAGUUGUACUUGGCCAGUUACCCCACUCUUACGCACGUCCGGCUUCCCACCCGCAGACACAGCCGAUUGUGUCUGUAGAGAGGCCUGACCAAGCCGGAGGUAACACGGGGACUCGAACCGCCGACCCCCGCGUUGGUAGGCAACGGAUUUGUGUGCUUUUAACAGUCCCACAUGAAGCAGUACCUUCUCGCCAUCCAGCCAUAAAAGAGUGACUGGUGAGGGUUUUUAUUAUUAUUCUAACCAGUCUAUCUUUUAUUUUCCCACUCUUUUACUUAAUUAUUUGAAGAAGCCGAGACGCUGUGAAUAUCUUCCACCUAAAAAGAAAAUAUAUAUAUAUUAAAAAGAUGAAAAACACAAUUGUGGAUUUAUGUACUAGAAAAGCGUGAUUUCAGAGUCACACGGCAUGCUGGGAAAUAAGACCACCAGGAAGGCAG